AUUUGGGGUCUGGGUUUCAAAGAGGGGAACAGUGACAAGUACAAGAGGAGAACCAGAGAACAGAAACCUCAAGAGAAAGGAGGACAACCGAAGGAGAAACAGGAUCGAUCAAUUCCCGGCAUUGCUGUUCGAGCUCGCCCCUCCCUUUGGACCACUCGUAUAUCCGUAACAAGAACAUUACAUUUCAGUGUUUAAGAGUUGAACACUUAAGCAACUGACGAAAGCUUUGAAAAUGGGGUCUCAUCUUCUGCUGACAAACUUCACUCUCCCUCUCAAAAACCCUGAUGUCCCUCAUCUGGAGAAAGGGUCUAAAGGUAGAGGGUCCCCAAGGGUUUCAAGAGUUGUUGCCUACUAUGGCUUAAAGACACCUCCUUAUAACCUCGAUGCUUUAGAGCCAUACAUGAGUAAAAGGACAUUGGAGAUGCAUUGGGGUGAACACCAUCAUGGCCAUUUGGAAGGCCUAAAUCAACAACUUAGAAGAAAUUAUAUACUAUAUGGAUAUACUAUGAAUGAACUUGUGAAAGCAACAUACAACAAUGGGAAUCCCUUACCUGAAUUCAACAAUGCUGCACAGGUGUGGAAUCAUGACUUCUUUUGGGAAUCCAUGCAACCUGGAGGAGGGGACCUGCCUCAAUUUGGUAUGCUUGCACAGGUUGAAAAGGAUUUUGGCUCCUUUACAAAUUUCAGAGAAAAGUUUGUGGAAACAGCACUUGGACUAUUUGGCUCUGGCUGGGUUUGGCUUGUUUUGAAGAGGGAAGAGAGGCAACUUGCAGUAGUGAAAACUUCAAAUGCCAUAAACCCACUUGUGUGGGAUGACAUUCCAAUCCUCAGUUUGGAUAUGUGGGAGCAUGCUUAUUAUUUGGAUUACAAGAAUGACAGAGGAAAGUAUGUAAAUGUGUUUAUGAACCACCUUGUCUCUUGGAAAGCAGCAACAGUACGCAUGGCACGUGCCAAGGCCUUUGUCAAUUUAGGCGAACCUAAAAUUCCCACUGCAUGAAAUGCCACAAGACAAGAUUGUCAAACCAUGAAGCUUUGGCUGGAUGGAACCAGGAAAUGAUUAUUGAGCGGUGACCAGUUAAAAGUUUUGACACGGACACGUUGCAUAGUCAGUGCUGUAUUUUUGCACCGUGGAUUGUUUGAAGUCCUUAAAUGUUGUUAUGUUCAAUGUUUCAAGUGAGCGUACUCUAUUGAGAAUGAUGAGAAGUUUGACUCCUUUUAAAACUAGGGCUGAAGUUUUAAGAAAAAAAAAAAUGAGGACAACCCCCAGCUGCCCAACAAACAAGGAAAAGGAAGAUGCACUUGGGCCUUCGGCCCAUUCGUGUCAAGCCAAGCCACGUAUAAGUGCAUCUUGCUUUUCC